GAACUUUGUGUGGGCGGAACUCGAAUGCAGCGGCAGGAGGCUUCCGGGGGAGCCGCAUGGGCGACGGGUCGGCGGAGGCAGAAAAGCGCCGGACGCCGGGCCGAUCAUGGACGCUUGACAACCUGCGGGCGGGCGCUGGAAGGCCGAGCCAGCGACUAAAAGGACGGAGAGGCGGCGCGGUCAGGCUUUGCUCUCUAGAUUGAGAUCUUUUGGAGGCGGCGAAGUUUCUCCCCAUUUCCUUACCUUCUGGCUACCCCUGGCGUCUUCCAUUUAGCCGAGCUCCCCAUCCGUUUGUUCACACGCGACCGCUUGGAAGGAUCUUAAAGCCAGAGAAUGGCAGGUGAACAAAAGCCUUCAAGUAACCUCCUGGAACAGUUUAUUUUGCUAGCCAAAGGUACCAAUGGGUCAGCCCUUACUGCUCUCAUAAGCCAAGUCUUGGAGGCUCCUGGAGUGUACGUCUUUGGAGAACUACUGGAACUGGCCAAUGUUCAGGAGCUUGCGGAAGGAGCUAACGCUGCAUACUUGCAGCUACUGAACCUGUUUGCCUACGGGACGUACCCGGAUUACAUAGCCAACAAGGAGAGCCUACCAGAACUGAGCACAGCACAGCAGAACAAGCUGAAGCACCUUACCAUCGUGAGCCUGGCAUCGAGAAUGAAGUGCAUCCCCUACUCUGUGCUGCUCAGGGACCUGGAGAUGCGGAAUCUCCGGGAGCUGGAGGACCUCAUCAUCGAGGCUGUCUACACCGACAUCAUCCAGGGCAAGCUGGACCAGCGAAACCAGCUGCUGGAAGUGGAUUUCUGCAUUGGCCGGGACAUCCGGAAGAAGGAUAUCAAUAACAUCGUGAAGACCUUGCAUGAAUGGUGCGAUGGCUGUGAGGCGGUGCUGCUGGGCAUCGAGCAGCAGGUUCUGCGAGCCAACCAGUACAAAGAGAACCACCACCGCACACAGCAGCAAGUGGAGGCGGAGGUUACCAAUAUCAAGAAGACGCUGAAGGCCACUGCUUCCUCCUCUGCUCAGGAAAUGGAGCAGCAGUUGGCCGAGCGAGAGUGUCCGCCACACGUGGAGCAGAGACAGCCUAGCAAGAAGAUGUCCAAAGUGAAAGGUCUGGUUUCCAGCCGCCACUAGGGCCGGCUGGGGCAGCUGGCACUCACCAGGCCAGGGCCCAGUGGGGAAGGGACACCGCGGGCCUAUUCCUCCCCUACUCUAGCUGCAGUGAGUUCCAGACCUGCCCGCCCCCACCAGCUCGUCCCCACCCAUUGGCACCGCCCCUGCCCUACCUAUACCCUCCCUCCCUUUAGACUCAGGGGCCCCACGGAUGCCAUCCCUCCAGGGCUGGGCACUGCGGCUCCUCCAGGAGGCCCUUAUCUCUGUGCAUGGGGUGUGCCAUUCUCCUGGCCAUUCUUUGCUCUGUGUCCUUUUCAUUAGACUGGUCCUAGGCUGGGCAUCCUCACCCUCAACCAGCCCAAGGGUGAGCAUCCCAGGGGCCCCCCUGCUGAGGAGGGCUACACGGUUCCCACCUUGGGGCAGGUGACCUCCAGCUAGGGACCCACCUGCCCUGCUGCCCCUCCUCCCUCACCCCUGCCAACCAUUCCAGGUAAUCCACAGAGGGAUGUGGUGCUGGGCUGUGUUUACUAAACCUUCGGGUUCCAGCCUCCUGAGCCCAGCUAGGAUCCUUCGCUCAAGCGCUCUGGGCUGAUGGACCUAGCAUCUGAGCAGAUGGAGAGACUGAGGCUUCGUGGCUGGCAGAAGCUAUUUGCCUGCUUUGUGUCCUCUGUCAACCCUUAUCCUGCUCCCUGGCUGCUUGGCCUCUGAUCAUCACUGUGGGUGCAGCUGCCCAGGUGUCUGUCUGCUCUCCUGGCCACCCACCCUGUGGUGGGGAUGGUGUUGCCGAGGUCCCUCGGCCUAGGAAAGACUUGCUGCUCCGUCUCCUCCCUACUGUCCCCUUGGCUGGUGACCCAGAGCCCUCCAAUGACAGUGCACUCCUGGCCAGAGAAAGGACUUGACUAGACUUUCUGAACUUGAACAGUUUCAGGUUAUAUUUUAAUUUUUUUUUGUACAGGUUGAUUCUAAUACAUUUCAACAUGGUUUUUCCCUCUUGUGUCAAUAUUUGUUAUAGACUUGAUCGCCGAGGAUUUUCACCUGGUUGGAGGGUGGCAUGUGUGUAUGUGUGUGUGUUUUGUUUUGUUUUUAUAAGGGGAGGUGGAGAUCCUGGACUGAGUUCAUUGAGGAAAAAGCACAUUUUAGAACAAAAAUAAAAGCGUAGAUUUGCCAUA